AUGGCGGCGGCCGCCACCGCCGCCAGCCCCGGCAGUCCCGCCGCCGGGCCCCUGCCGCCGCCGGAGCCCUGCCCCAGGAAGGGGCCGCCGCAGCCACCGCCGGCGCGCAGCGACCCCCGCCGCAGGCAGGCCGCGCUCUCCUUCCUCACCAGCAUCUCCCUCGACGGGCGGCCCCCGCCGCCGGGCAACGACGGCCCCGCCGCCAGGCCGCGCCAGGCCCCGCCGCCGCCGCCGCCGCCGCGGCUGGGCAGCCCCCCGGCGGCGCCCGCCGAGCCCCCCCUGGCCCAGGAGGAGGAGGAAGAGGAGGAGGACGCCUUCGCCGCGGUGCAGGUGCCGGCCGCCGCCUUCCUGGGCGCCGCGGCGGCGGGCAGCCGCGGCCGCCUCAACUCCUUCACGGCGGGGGUGCUGCCGGCGCCCUUCGGCCGCGCCAGCCCCCAGGGCCCCGCCGGCAGCAGCGGGGAGCUGGGGCAGCCCGGCCCCGCCGCCGCCUUCGAGCUGCAGCGGUCCCGACGUCGGCUGAUCUCUCAGCGAUCUUCUCUGGAGACUCUGGAGGAUAUCGAGGAAAAUGCCCCACUGCGGAGAUGUCGGACACUCUCAGGAUCACCCAGACCAAAGAACUUUAAGAAGGUUCAUUUUAUCAAGAACAUGCGGCAACACGAUACCAGAAACGGCAGAAUAGUCCUUAUCAGCAGCAGAAGAUCCUUCUGUAGCAUAUUUUCAGUGCUGCCAUAUCGAGACUGUACCCAAGUCGGGGAUAUGAAGCUGGACAGUGGACGCCAGUGCCAUUCUACUGGAGUGUGUCUGAAAGAGAUAAUUGGUCUUGAAGGUGUGGAGCUCGGAGCGGACGGGAAGACGGUGUCUUAUACGCAGUUCCUAUUUCCCACCAAUGCUCUGGGAACUCGGAGAAAUACGAUAGACUCCACCUCAUCCUUCUCCCAGUUUCGCAACGCAAGCCAUCGUAGCCUUUCUUUGGGAAGAGCUAACAGCACCCAGGGGAGCAUUGAUGCAGGUAGCGACCUGGGAGACUUCGUUGAAUAUGACCCAAAUCUUUUAGAUGAUCCCCAAUGGCCAUGUGGCAAACAUAAGCGGGUUUUAAUAUUUCCUUCAUAUAUGACCACAGUCAUAGACUACGUGAAGCCAUCAGAUCUCAAGAAGGACAUGAAUGAGACCUUUAAGGAGAAGUUCCCUCACAUCAAGUUAACCCUCAGUAAAAUAAGAAGCUUGAAGAGAGAAAUGCGCAAGCUUGCUCAAGAAGAAUGUGGUUUUGAAGAGCCCACAGUGGCCAUGGCCUUUGUCUACUUUGAGAAGCUCGCUCUCAAGGGGAAGCUGAACAAGCAGAAUAGAAAGCUUUGUGCUGGAGCCUGUGUUCUUUUAGCAGCCAAAAUUGGCAGUGACCUCAGAAAACAUGAAGUCAAGCAUCUUAUAGAUAAACUGGAAGAGAAGUUCCGGCUGAACAGGCGAGAGCUGAUCGCCUUUGAGUUCCCGGUGCUGGUGGCCUUGGAGUUUGCUCUCCACCUUCCUGAGCAUGAAGUGAUGCCGCACUACAGACGCUUGGUGCAGAACUCCUAGCGCUGGCUGCCCUGCGGGGAAGGGGCUCCUGAC